GUAAUUUCAUUUUAGUAAAGGUUAUGGAAGAUGUUUAGACGGGAUUAUAGUGGAAUUAGGCGGCAAUUUGUGUUGGCAAAAUGAAUUAAAAAAGAUUUAGCAAUUAUUCCUAAAAUACGUGAGUAGUAGUAGUUCCCUCCCUCUGGUCUCCUUCGCGUCUCUCAAAUACCUACUUUCUCGUUCGAGGCUUCACUUCAGGAGAUCGCAUACAGCACAAGCCAUAGAUUUCUAGUAGUACAUAGAUAAUAGUAUAGUAUGAAGAAGCUGAGUACAAAAUAAAAAGUGAUCAAGGUUGUUUGAUGAUGGAAGAUGCAUACUUGUCGGCGAAGAUUUCAGUUUGGUGGGACAUCGAAAACUGUCAAGUUCCUAAAAAUUUCAACGCUAACUCCAUUGCUCAAAACAUUGCCUCCGCUCUCUUCAACACUAACUUCCAAGGCCCAAUCUCCAUCUCCGCUUACGGCGACACCACUCGCAUCCCCUUUAACGUUCAGCACGCGCUCUCUUCAACUGGCAUCUCCCUCAACCACGUCCCCGCCGGUGUAAAAGAUGCAGGUAACAAUGUUAAGAUACUUGUUGACAUGCUGCUAUGGGCUGUAGACAAUCCUGCCCCUGCAAACUAUUUGUUGAUUUCUGGUGAUAGAGACUUCUCAAAUGCGCUUCAUCAACUUCGAAUGAGAAGGUACAACAUUCUUCUUGCUCAACCAUUACGAGCUUCUGCAUCUCUUACUGCCGCCGCUAAAAUUGCCUGGCUGUGGCCCACACUGAUUGCUGGUGGCCCCCCUCACUUCACUGAACCCAACAACAACGAUACCCUUCAAAAUCAAAACCCUAGCAAACUUGGAUAUCAACCAAAAUCAUCGAUAACCUCGAACUCGAAAAUAGAACCAGAGAGUGACAAUAACAAUUCAAUUCCUAAUCCUGAACAUUCAAAGACAUCAAAAUUGUUUCGAUUAGCACCACAUGAAUUCUUUUCUAGUAAUGACAACCCCGCAAUAAUCCCAAUUACUAUGGACUCAACAACAAGCAUUACUUGUUGCAAAUUAAAUGAUAGUCAUGAUCUACAUCAUAAUAACAGGCAAAUAAUGCUCCCAAUAUCUUCUACUUAUGACCAUGCACCUAUUUUGUCUGCAAUUAAUGUUUUACAUGGAAGUUCCCCAAUUGUAGUGAGGGAAACCAAAGAAGGUUCUAAACCAAUAAGUAGAAGCUUAACUGCAUCAUCAAAAGUACAGUUUAAUGGGAAUUUGAACCAGAAGAUUCAUAUUGUAAGGAGAGUUAAGAGUUUGCCAACGGUAUCAUCAUGUGAGCAAGUACAAGGAGCGGUUGAUGUUAUUAUUGUAACUUUGAAUACUCUCAAGAAUGAAAUGAUUUUUCCUACUGAAGAAAAUAUAACCGAUUGUAUUCGAUAUGGUGAUCCCAAGUUUCAGACAAUUGAUGUUAUGAAGGCUUUAGAUUGUGCAAUAGAACAACAAAGGGUAGUGAAGCGACGCUUUGGUGCAUUGUAUUUGUAUGUUGUUGCAAAUGGGAAUCUCUGGAAGUGUGUGAACCCUUUAGGCGGAGAUUCGAGUCAUUUCCCAGAUCCAAUAUGGGUUAGAAUUAAGCAAUUCCUUACUUCAUCCCCAGGAAGAUCAUCGAUUUUGGCAUCUCGUUGCAGAUAUGAAGCAUCUUUAAUUCUUAAGGUAUUGUGCCUUGGAGAGCUUGUGUUGGGUGAUGUACUUAAGAUUUUGGAGAUUAUAAUCACAGUCAAGAAAUGGAUUUUACAUAAUCAUUUUGGAUGGCAGCCGAUUACUAUUUCACUUACAGAUGAUAAUUGAUACAAAUAGUAAUUUUGGUCUUAGUCUAGAUCAAAAUUUUGAUCAUUUGACCGAAGUAACUAUUAUAGUCACAAACAACAUACAUAUAUAAUGUUGCAACUCAAUGAAAGGUUUGACAUGGAUAUGAACUUCUCUAUAGUUAGGGAUAAUGUAGGCAAAUUUUUUGAAUGAUGAAAGGUUUAAAGAUGUAUACACUUAUGGACAUUUCCAUCUGUUUAGUGGUGGACUUUUUGUUGAUAUAUGUCGUAGAAUUCUCUAUAAUCUCAAGUUUCCUUUUCAUGCA